AUGGAAGACUCAACACAUAACAAAUUAGAAGAAUCUCUUUUCAUUCUGCAGAGCAGCAUGAGCCAGUUUAAAAAUUCAGGCAUUUUCCCACAAAAUAUUGAAGAUUUGCCAUCAGCUUUAAAACAGCUCGACGAGUGUCUUCAAAAAAGCAAUGAAAAUUUAAUUGAGUUAAAAGAAAGCUUGAAAUUUGUAUUAGAAAGAGAAUCGGCGCUUAGAGCAGAGCAUGAAGUUUUGUAUCAGCGCCAUCAGUUUAUGAAAGCGCUUUAUGCAAAUAAAGAAAUCCAUUUAACCCAUACUUAUUCACUAAAAUUACAAAAAUCUCAAGAAUGCGGGAAAAAACUUUUGAAGCUUGAAGAAGAGCUUGAAUGUGAAAGACAACGUAAAAAAUAAAUAGGUGUUAGAGAGCAAGAUGAUGAAUUAACAAAAAUACACCAAAAUUAUUUGAGUUUGUGUUUAUUAUACUUAUAGAAAAGUUCACUGUAAUUCUUGAAGGACUAACUUUACCUGUAACAUCCCCUUUGCAUGCUCACCAGACUAUGCACGAUCUUAUAAGGAUUCCUCUACCGGACAAGGACCUGCAUUUGCUAUCCGUGCCUUACGUCAGCAAAAUUUACCCACAAUGGAAAUUUAAAGUGCUGAAUUUUCUGGUCAACUCUCGGCCAAAAUGGAAAAUAGAAUCCAAGGUGUAAAUACUAAUUUCAUGCUGGAAAACAGUUCAGAUUGGCCAAGAUGACCACCACUGGCACUGCUGGGAGAUCUCUACCCAAAUCUCAGCUUCAUUCCCCUUGAAGCAAAAACUUUGACAUUGGAGUAAAGUGUGCGGCUAACUAACCCAAUAUAUGUUUUUUUCCAAACUAAAAAGCAUCUGUCCAAAUGCAUAUACCUGAACGGCAUCCUCACUUCCUCAAAGUUUUCACACACCUGUAGAGUGUCAGCUAUGGCGGUUUGGUUCUUCACAUCCAAAUUAUUUGCAGGAGCAUGAAAAAGUGGUAAGUUUAGAAAAAGAAAGCUCAAAAUACAAGAAAACUGUCGAAAAAUUGCAUGAAGCUAUAAAAGUCCUUGAUGAAGAAGCCCAGACUUGAAAAGAAAGGACGACAAAUAUGAGGGUGCAAUUAGACGAAAAAGAAAACGCCAUUGAAGAAGCACAGAGGAUUAUGGAGCUUGAAGUAAAAAAAUCGCAAAGAAUGAAAGAAAAGUUUGAUGAAAUCCAAAAGAAGUGAGAAGAAAAAGAAAAAAAGUGAAAAUCACUUCAUGAUGAUCGAAAACAAGCAGAUAGCGAAUUAAGGGGUAAGCUGGAUGAAGCAAAAAAAGCUUAUAAAGAGUCUGAAAAAAUAUGGUUUUUCAUAAUAAAAAAGAAUUUAAGUCCUUAAAAGCAUAUAUUAGAUAAUAGGAUACUAAUUAAAUUAAAUAGGAAUAAGAAUUGGUAUUGAAGAAGACAAUUGGAAUUUAAAAAAAGACAUUGAGUGCUUAAAGAAAAAAUGCGAAAUUUUAGAAAAAGAUUUAGAAGAAACAAAAAAGAAAAAUUUAAAAGAAAAUAUGGAAAAGCAAAGAAUCAGUGAAGAGUUAGAAAAAUUCCAAGAAGAUCUUUCAGCUAAAGAACAAAAACUAAGAGAUAUCAGUGAAAAAAGAGAAAAAUAUAUAAAAGAGCUUGAAUCUCAAAAUAGUUUAUUAACAGAACAAGUUAAUGAAUAUAAAGAAAAAUAUCAAGAAAAACUAAAAAUGGUAGAAGAAAUGGUCGCUGAAAACUCAAAAAAUAACUUAAAAAUCACUGAGCUUACAGCUAAAGGUAAAAGAGAUGAGGAAGCUAAAAAGCAAUACAUACAAAUGGAGUCUAAUUUUUCUCAGCUUUCAGAAAGAUAUCAGAACCUUAUUUAUAAGCUGGAGCAGUCCGAAAUCCAAUUAAGAACCUUGCAAAAUUCUUCUAAAAAGAAUGAGCAAUACCAUGAAGAAGAAAUUUUAUGCCAAUUUAUGCUAUAUAUUUAUUAAUUUUAUAACAUAAAUUAUGGUUCUGUUGAUAUUAUAAAGCUCAUUUCAGUCUAAAUCAUAAUAAUAAAACUCCACAAAUCAGUUGAGGACUCUAAACUUCUAUAUGAAGAACAAAUCCAAUCCUUAGAAAGAGACAAGUCAAAGCUUGAAAACGACCUAAAACGAGUCCGCUCAGACUAUAUAAGUUAUGAAACUACCACAAAGCGUGCACACAGUGAAGUUGAGCUAUGAAAAGCUGGGCUCCUAGACAUAUCCACUUAUAGACUCCUCGAAAGACCUCGAAUUGAAGACAUGUUUAGAGCCCUUCUAGGCGUCGCCCCAGAACGUCUAACAGGCUAUGACCCAGAACAAGCUGAAUACGUAGAAAACGUCAUAUCCCGAAUGAAAGAAAUUUUAAAUAAAGAAAAUAUCGUCUGUGACCUCCAAUCCAAUGAAGCUUUAGCCAAAACAAACAUGCUCCUCCAAGAAAUGACUGAAAAGUACCGCAAAGAAAUGGCAGAACGCCGAAGACUUAACCAGCUUCUUCAAGAAAUCCGUGGGAACAUCAGAGUUAUGUGUAGAGUCCGUCCAAUGCUACACGCAGAAAGAAAUAACGUAGAAUCAGUCCAAAUUAUGGACACUUGCCAAGUAAAAGUAAUUAACACCUCAACUAGGAGAGAAAACAGCUUUGAAUUUGACAGAGUUUUCCCACCUACUGACCCUCAAGAGGUCAUUUAUUAUGAAAUCAGCGAUUUAGUUAUGUCUGUUAUGAAUGGGUAUAAUGCUUGUGUAAUGGCUUAUGGACAAACUGGGAGCGGGAAAACUUUUACUAUGGAAGGGAACAAAAAGUGCUUAGGGAUCAAUUAUAGGGCUGUCAGAGAAAUUUUUGAGCUUGCGGAAUGCAGGAAAGAGACGCAUAACUAUACGAUUUCUAUGACAAUUUUAGAAAUUUAUAAUGACCAAAUUAAGGAUUUAUUAGAUAUUACACCUAGGAAGAUUGAGAUUAGGGAGGAUUCAAAAGGAAAUUCUCAUGUACAAGGGGUCGAUCCUAUGCCUGUGAAUUCUUAUGCAGAUAUUAUAUCUGCUAUAGAAUGUGGAAAAUCGAAUAGAAGUGUAGGCUGCACAAAUGUAAAUGAAUAUAGCUCAAGGUCCCAUUCUAUUGUGACAAUUUAUAUAAAUUGUGUAAGCGAAGAAGGGAAUUUCAGCUCAAAAUUAUCCUUUUUAGCAUAAAUAUAAUUAUUUUUUAAAAAAAAUUAAAAAAAAUAUGAUAAAGGCAAAAUGAUAUAAAUUUAAUUGAUUUAGCUGGCAGUGAAAGGGUCUGGAAAUCUGAAGCAGAAGGACUAAGAAUGGUAGAAGCUUGCAAUAUAAAUCAAAGCUUAACGUCAUUAGGAAAAGUCCUUUAUUCUUUAGCCGCAAAGCAAGCUCAUAUUCCUUAUAGAGACUCCAAGCUUACCCAUUUAUUAAAAGACUCUUUAUCAGGAGAUGCUAAAACUCUUACUCCCCCCCCCCCUCCGUGAGCGAACAAAAAAAUUUUGUUCGCUCACGGAGGGGGGUUAAUUUUUUUUUUUAAACAAAAUUUAUAUAUAAAUUUUAUAAAAAAUAUUUUUUUUCGAAAUUUAAAAAAAUCCUAAUUUGCAAAAAAAUUGGGAAGCAAAUAUUAAUUUAAUUUGCAAAAUUUAUGUUUUAAAACGCAAUUUGUUUAAAAUUAAACAGAAUUAGCUCUAGAUUUCAUUAUACUAAUUAUCACUUAUAUAUCAAAAUUUUUUUCCAUUAAAAUUUUUUCUAUUAAAAAAAUUUUUGUUCACUCACGGAGGGUGGGUUUUUGGUCAAAAAAUGGCGAUUUUUCUAAUGGUUUUGUUCGCUCACGGAGGGGGGGGGGGAGAGUUAUGAUUAUUUGUGUAAAUCCUUCCCAAGACGACGUUUCUGAAACCACCUCAUCUUUAUCAUUCGGGUCACGUGUCGCUUGUGUUGAGAAAGGCAAAGCCAAGCAGCAAAUAGAAAAAAGCAAAAAACCAGCUAAAAAGAAAAAAUCACAAACGAAUUUUAGCGAGUAUGAGACAAGCGCAGAAGUUUCUCCGACUGUAAUAUCACCUAGAGGGUUGCGUAAAUAA